CGUACUUCCCAACAGCCUCCGCUGUGGGGAUGUAGCGGGCGCCCUUCAGCACAGACGGAAGAUGGCGUCUGCUACCCGGUUCAUCCAGACUCUGCGCAACUGGGCCUCUGGGCAAGACUUGCAGGCGAAGCUGCAGCUGCGCUACCAGGAGAUCGCCAAGAGAACUCAGCCUCCUCCCAGGCUCCCUGUGGGCCCCAGCCACAAGCUCUCCAACAAUUAUUACUGCACUCGUGACGGCCGCCGGGAAGCAAUGCCACCUUCGAUUGUCAUGUCUUCACAGAAGGCACUGGUGUCAGGCAAGCCAGCAGAGAGCUCAGCUUUGGCAGCCACUGAGAAGAAAGCAGUGACACCAGCUCCUCCCAUACAGAAGUGGGAGCUAUCCCAGGACCAGCCUUACCUGUGACACUGCUCUGGGCCACCUGUCUAUGCUCUCAGGUCCACUGAGUGCUUCUCCUCCUUGUCUUCCAUCCUGGGAGAAUAUGACCUAACUUAUGACAAAUAUAUUGUGCUCUCUAGUAUCA